GGAGGCUCGAGCGCUGCUAGUGGCGGCUGUCGCCAGCGUAACGGUAUUCCUCCUCGUUUCUGCAGACCUCAUGGCCGCGGGCCCGUACGCUGGGGACCUCUUGGAGUUCGGCGGCUGCGACGAUGGGGAAUACCGUGGCAUGACAAUCAAUGUCUCACAGAUCCUGGACGAGGAAACCAACGAAACCACAUACAGAGGAGACCUCACAGUCUUCUACGACGUUUUUGCAGACGAGAACGAGGCGGAGAUCAUCGCUUUCAAGUGGGGCAGUACUGGUGGAUGGAGUCAAAUUUACUACCUGAACUACACCAAACCGUACGAGUUCACGAAGACUAAUUUUCCUUUGGUCUUUGAUCUUCUCUUUGUGGAGAUGGGCAUGGACAAACAGCCAGUGACCCCUGGCGUCUACCACAUUCACCGGUUUAUGCCAAGAAGAGUCACUCUAAAAAAGUUCGUCGCGUUUCCUUACGGGAAGUUCAAAUUGUAUGUCAAGGGACUGAAGGACGGCGAAAGAUUAUCCUGUUUACAGGCACUUGCUUCUGUCUACGAAGUUGAAAAUUCCCAAGGUAUGGGAUUCAAGCCAGCCUUUUAAAAGUUAAGCAAUGGGCCGAAAAAGUCGAUCAACGCGUACUGUUGACGACGAUAGCGUCGGGAUUGUGCACUCGUCUAGCUUCAGUUUCACAACUGAAAUACCCAAAUCGUACAGUAUUCACAAUAAAUUAAAUAAAGU